AUGGAGACAAACAACGCAACACCUCUAUACAAGAAUGGGGACGAAGAGCUGGGAGAUGAAUACUACAUAUGGGGCGCGGAGCAUAUCCCGGAGCAUCUGGUGAAAUACUGGUAUCAGCGAUACAACCUGUUUUCGAAAUACGAUGAGGGGAUCAUGUUGGAUGAAGAGAGCUGGUUCUCAGUCACUCCCGAGAAAGUAGCCGAAUACCAAGCACAGCGCUUGGCGUGCGAUACAAUCAUUGACGGGUUCUGCGGGGCAGGAGGCAACGCGAUCCAGUUUGCGAAGACCUGCAAAAAAGUGAUAGCAAUCGACAUCGACCCCACGAAACUCCGCUGCGCCCGCAACAACGCGCGCAUCUACGGCGUCGAGGACAAGAUCGAGUUUGUACUCGGGGACGUGUUGGAGGUGCUCAAGGGGCGGACGGCGGAUACAAUAUUCCUCUCCCCGCCAUGGGGUGGCCCAGAAUACCUACAGGCGGACGCGUAUGAUAUUCACACCAUGCUGCCGAUUGACGCGACGACCCUAUUCGAGACUGCCCGGGCCGUCACACCCAACGUAUGCAUGUUCAUGCCGCGGAACGUGAUAUCACAGCAGUUGGCAGACCUAGCGGGCCCCGGCGGCGUAUGCGAGGUCGAGGAGGAGUUUUUGAAUGGGAGGUCGAAGGCGAUUGUGGCGUAUUAUGGGGGGUUGGUUGGGGAUGGCGUGGCGGAGGAGGAGGAGGAGGUCGAGGUCGAGGAGGAGUGA